CAUGCAUCUCCCAUCCCGUGAUCUGAAGCAUCAUCGUCUGCAAAAUGUCGUCGCUUGGAACCGCUUAGGCCCGUUUGCUUCAACCUACCUCUUGUACUCUACGAAUCUUCGUGCCCUUUGCCGUCCUACCACGCUCCAAGAUCCGACUCGCUGCCUUUUGCUCGCUCUUCAUACCUCUCCAACACUUGCAAGGACACUUUGACACCCCCGCUCCUCACGCUUGGCACAUCGACUGGAUCGAUUGCCUGCCCCAUCCAUCCCUUUCUCCUCUCUCCAUUCGCCUCUUUUCCGGAUCUC